UAAGUAUAAUAUUUAUAUACAAACUUGAUUGUUUUGAUUCGUAUAUAAAACAAGUUUCACAAUGUCUCAACAAUCUAAUCCCUUUGCGGGCCUAAUGGGGACGUCCGAAGCAAAGUCACUGACUGAAGAUUACAAUUCGGAUAAAACAUUAGAAACGAACUCAGAUCAGUCCUUGGAUGAUAAAAAUGUUCAGACAAUAAACAACAUUGUUGAAGAUGUAUUCCACUUCACCAUAAACCCACUAGCAAUAAAAGGGCAGUCUAAUAAACAAUUGGUGUUUCUAGAAGAACUAGCCCAAGCCAUUAGUCCAAGAAUUUUCAUUGAUCUAGAAGCUCUGGAACAGGCGCUCUUCGAAAGAUUACUUUUGCAAGACAUUGAACAAUACGUUUUACCUAAAUCGCAAAAAGUUUUUAAAGAGCAUGUAAUACAAAAACAGGUUUUCAUUUAUUUAUUUAGUGCAAUGCAAAAUUUACAGAGCUACGAGCAAAUCGAAACAAAUCCAAUAAAAAAUGCCGUUAAAAAAAUGAAGGAACUGAUCUUUAGGAAUGCUGUUACAGCUUUAAAACAACCAGCUCUGUUUGAAGGGCAAGAUUUUUCUAUUCAGCUGGUGGAUUUGCUGAGAAAUGUUGACCCACAGUGCCAUGUUUUCUUCAUGGAUCUAGUCAAAGCUUUUAUGUCUGAAGACACGGAGGAAACCCAAAGUCAACUGCGGGAAACAAUGAUACCAGUGCUGAAUAGGAUCCACACAGAUGUUAAUAAAUGCAACAUCAUUAACCUGCCUAUCUACAUUCUACCCUCUAUACAACUUUUUGCAAGUAAUCCUCACUUGGCGCCUAUUCUCAUGGAUGUUGUUGAGCCGAAAAAUCCAGAGAUUGGAAGGUUUUAUGAAGAUACUGUCUUUGGUGCUCUUCUAGGGCUGUCCGUUCUGCCUAGAAAUAACUCAUACUCACAACAUUUCUUUGACAACCCUAUGGACCCAGCAGCUACAAGUAUGGUUGAGACUUCAGUUUGGAGUGCCGCAUCACAUCUCACAAAUAACAUGCACAAGACAUUUCUGACGCUGCUUAAGGCAGGACCUCCGAUUAAAAGUAGACUGUUAACAUGGAUCGGUAAAUGUCUAAAAGCUAAUGUGUCAAGAGGAAAACUGGCAAAUAUGGGUGCAGAACCGUUAACAGCUACAACAGUGUCGGAUGGAUUUAUGCUCAAUCUUGGUGCUGUUUUAUUACAAUUGUGUCAGCCUUUUUGCUCACAUCCAGAUGACCCGAAAGCACUAAAAAUUGACCCCACAUACUGUGCAGUAUCGCCAGAAGAGGCAACUGCGAAAUCCGUUCAUUUGACCUGUUUAUAUGACGAGACCUGCCUUCUACCGGCUAAAGAAGAUGAAAACGGUCAAACUGUCAAAAGACCAACAGCUGAUGCAUACAAUUUUGUGACGGAGUGUUUUUUUAUGACGCAAAAGUGUAUAGACCUAGGUGUCCGAGUAUCAGCUGAAAAGCUGUGGCGUUACGGGCAGGAGUUGGCGCGAACACAGCGCGCCCUGGGCGAUCCCAACACGUUGCCUCAUCUGAUGGAGACGUUGAGGACGCGAGCACAGCAUCUUAUGAAACGAUACCUAAGUCUCCGAUGCGCGUUGCUCGAGAGCGACUCGCUGACCAACCUCCAUCGACUGCAGGCGACCGCCUGUACGUGGCUGGCGCAGGUCGCGGCACGGAAUGUAGCAGGCCCCGCCAGUUUCGCACCCGCUACUGCGGUGCCCAUAGAGCUGCCGUUGACUACUCCGCCGCCGGAUACGCUAAGAUGCAUCCCGGAAUUUGUGUUGGAGAACAUAGUGGUGCUGAUCACGAUGGCGCGGCGGACGGUGGGCGCGAUCACGGAGGAGGCGGACGUGGCCGGCCUGCUGCAGCCCGCGCUCACGCUCGUCCUCAUAUUCAUGGGCGACUCCACCAGGACCUACAACCCGCAUUUGAGAGCGAGGCUGGCCGAAUGUCUUGAAGCAAUGCUACCCAACCAUCCGGAGGACCAGCAGCCUUUGAGUAACAUUGCCUCAUUCCAUAGAGAACAACUGUUCAAAGAGAAUCCUCAUAGGUUACAGCUGGUACCGUGUCUUCUAGAAGUGUUCGUCGGUAUAGAAAUGACGGGACAGAGCGUACAGUUUGAGCAGAAGUUCAACUACAGGCGGCCAAUGUAUCUCGUGAUGGACUUCCUCUGGGGGAUUGAGGAGCAUAGGGAGGUGUUCACUCAUCUAGCUGACGAGGCGGAGGCGAACAUGGAGGCUGUGCAUCCGCCGAUAUUCCUGCGUUUUGUCAAUCUGCUGAUAAACGACGCCAUCUUCCUGUUAGACGAGGCCCUCGGUAACAUGGCUCAGAUACGGACACUGCAGACUGAACAGGAGUCAGGCGCGUGGGACAGCCUAUCUGCGCAAGAGAGAGCGGCGCGCGUGUCGUCCCUCUCGCACACGGGCACGCUCGCCCGCUUUGAUAAUCUGCUCGGCCGCGACACGGUGCGUGCGCUAGUCCGCCUUACCGCGCACGCGCCAAAACUGUUCGCGCACGAUACGCUAGCUGACAGAGUCGCCGCCAUGUUGAAUUACUUCCUGAUGCAUCUGGUGGGACCGAAUAAGAAGAAUUUUAAGGUGAAGGACAUGAAGGAGUACGAGUUCGAGCCGGCGCGCACGGUGCUGGACAUCUGCCGCAUGUACGUGCAGCUGGGCGGGUACCCGCGCUUCUGCGCCGCGGUCUCCGACGACGGCCGCUCCUACUCGCCUCAGCUCUUCCAGCUGGCCGAGGACGUGCUAGUCCGCAUCGGCGGUGGCGCGCUGAUAACUUCACUCCGCGAGGUGGCGGCGCGCGUCAGCACCAUCGCAGAACAGAGGCAACGCGAGGAGGAGAUCCUGGCGAACGCGCCCGACGAGUUCCUCGACCCCAUCAUGAGCACCAUCAUGCUGGACCCCGUCGUGCUGCCCAGCUCCCGCACCACGGUCGACCGCACCACCAUCGCCAGGCAUUUGCUGAGCGACCAAUCAGAUCCAUUCAACCGUUCGCCGCUAUCAAUGGACCAAGUGAAAUCAAACACGGAACUCAAGGGGCGCAUACACGCGUGGAUUGCUGAACAGAAACAACUCUCACAAAACACUGGUACAUCUUAAUCGUGUUUAGCAUAAUACCCACUUGCGCCAGCCGGGGCUAUUGUCAAAAUAUCAUGCUAUCUCUUUCGUAAAUACAAAGAACGACAGAGAUAGCGCUUGUAUCAUUUGUCGUUUCCUCGGGAACACUCGAGGAAAAGACAAUGUGAUUAUUCACAAUGAAACUCAGAUGGCGCAAGUGGUCCUAGAUUGUUUAUAUUGAAUGAGACUUUGUUCGAACGGGCGACCGACGACAGUUGUGAAUUAUCGCGACUUUCUUCCUACGAGUGGCCGCUUUCGACUGGAACUAUUAUUAUUAGUCGGCCCUGUUAUGUCUGUGGCCCGUUUGCACCUUGUCUUUAGGCUACUUGGUGUAUUUAUGUAAUUUAUUGUCUGCUUAGUGUCCAGUUUUAUCCAUAGUCUAACUUUAAAAGAAAAACAGUAAUUAUGUUCCAUUCUUUUUCCGUUUAUGUAAUCAAUCGGCAAUCGAUUAAAUAUUCUUAUGUAUACUUCCUUCAGCUUCUUUUAUAAAAUUAAUUUUCUUAUUGAAAUAGUAAAUAGAAUC